AACUAGCCAAAGAAAGGGGGGGGGAUUUCCUGCUGCUCCUAAAGAGGAAGAGUUGCACAAUUUGUGGAGGAAGCGGGGGACGUUGCACAAGGAGGCCAAGACAUGCUCCUUCCUUUCCUUCCGCCAGGGCUUUUGUCUUCAAGGGGGAGGCCUUGCAAAUCCCCCCCUCCUUCCUUCCUUCUUUUUCAUUUCUGCCUUCUUUCUUCGUUUUCUUUUUCCUUCCUUCUCUUCCUUUCCCUCCUUGCUCUCUUCUCCCCUUCACUCCUUUAUUCCCUUGUUCCUUUUCUUCUUCCCCUCUUUUUUCUUCUAUUCUCUCCUUCCUUCCCUUUUUUCUUUCCUUCCUUUUUUCCCUUGUUCCUUUCCCCUUCCUUUCUUUUCCUCUUUCUUUUUUCCCUUUCCUUCCUUCUCCUUCACUCCUCCUUUCCUUCCCUCCCUUGUUCUUUCUCACUUCUUUUCUUUCCUCCUUCCUUCCUUUUUCCCUUUCCCUCUCUUCUUUCCAUCCCCUUCACAGUCCUCCGUUCCUUCCCUCUUCCUUUCUUUUCCUCUUUCCCUCCCUUCUGGUCUUCUGUCCUUCCUUCCCUUUUUUCUGUCCUUCCUCUUCCCCUUCCCAUUCACUCCUUCCUUCUUUCCUUCCCUCCCUUGUUGCUUUUGCCUUCCUUUUCCUGUUUUUCUUCCCUCCUGUCCCUUGUUCCUUUCCCCUUCCUUCCUUCACUCCUUCUUUCCUUCCCUCCCUUGUUCCUUUCCCCUUCCUUUAUUUUCACCUUUCCCUCUUUUUUCUUUCUCCUUUUCCUUCCUUCCCCUUCACUCCUUCUUUGCUUCCCUCCCUUGUUCCUUUCCCCUUCCUUUAUUUUCAUAUUUCCCUCUUUCUUCUUUCUCCCUUUCCUUCCUUCCCCUUCACUCCUUCUUUGCUUCCCUCCCUUGUUCCUUUCCCCUUCCUUUAUUUUCAUCUUUCCCUCUUUUUUCUUUCUCCUUUUCCUUCCUUCCUUCACUCCUUCUUUCCUUCCCUCCCUUGUUCCUUUCCCCUUGCUUUAUUUUCAUCUUUCCCUCUUUUUUCUUUCUCCUUUUCCUUCCUUCCUUCACUCCUUCUUUUCUUCCCUCCCUUGUUCCUUUCCCCUUGCUUUAUUUUCAUCUUUCCCCUUUUUCUUUCUCCUUUUCCUUCCUUCCCCUCCACUCCUUCUUUCCUUCCCUCCCUUGUUCCUUUCCCCUUCCUUUAUUUUCAUCUUUCCCUCUUUUUUCUUUCUCCUUUUCCUUCCUUCCUUCACUCCUUCUUUCCUUCCCUCCCUUGUUCCUUUCCCCUUCCUUUAUUUUCAUCUUUCCCCUUUUUCUUUCUCCUUUUCCUUCCUUCCUUCACUCCUUCUUUCCUUCCCUCCCUUGUUCCUUUCCCCUUCCUUUAUUUUCAUCUUUCCCUCUUUUUUCUUUCUCCUUUUCCUUCCCUCCUUCACUCCUUCUUUGCUUCCCUCCCUUGUUCCUUUCCCCUUGCUUUAUUUUCAUCUUUCCCUUUUUUCUUUCUCCUUUUCCUUCCUUCCCCUUCACUCCUUCUUUGCUUCCCUCCCUUGUUCCUUUCCCCUUCCUUUAUUUUCAUAUUUCCCUCUUUCUUCUUUCUCCUUUUCUCCCUUUCCUUCCUUCCUUCACUCCUCCUUUCCUUCCCUCCCUUGUUCCUUUUCCCUUCUUUUCCCUCCUUCACUUCUCUAUCUUUCUUCUCCUCCUUCCCUUUUCUCCUUUACUUCCUUCCUUUUCUCCUCUCCUUCCCCUUUCCCUCCUUGCUUCCUUCUCUCCCCUUCCUCUCUUCCUUCCUUUUCCUCUUUCCCUUCCUCCCGCUGUUUUUGCCGCCACAUAACAAGGCGGAAGUGGGGGGGGGGGGUGAGUGAGUCGAAUAAGCGGAAUGUGCUUCUCUCUCUUCCUUCCGUUGACCCCGCCCAGAUUCUGAGGGAGGAAAGGGGGCGAGACGACCAAAAACCACAAAGCCUGGGCAGGAAGGAAGGAGAGAUACCGUUUUGCAAGGAAUAUCUCAGAGUCUCAACCCAUUCAGCAUAAUCUGUGCCACAAAAACAACGUUUCUGGAGUGGAACAACUACUUUCACAGUAAGGGCCGCACAAUUAAACAGGAACGAACACUUCUAUUGUUUUCAAAUGUCACAGAGUGCAAUUCAAGUCACACACAAAAGCAGAAAUUGGAGAAGGAGAGGUGUUGC